AUGCGUUCUGAUACUACACUACCACAGGCUAAAGAUUUAAAUUUUUUUAUCUCAAAACUGAAGAAAACGCUUUAUUAUAAUACAAAGUCACCAAAUAGCACGGAUGCUAAUAUUGCAAUUGGUACCUAUUUUGUAACAGCUAUACUUCAAAGAACUCUAUGGGACCACACACAGAAGUUUACAAAUAAACAAAAGAGAGCGAUCGUUAAUUUAAUAAAUAGAGGCAAAAAUUAUGUAUCUCAUUCCAUCUUUAAUAAUAAACCCUACGGAUACAAGGAUUUGGAAUUCAGAGUCACAGCUUUAUAUCAAGACGUUGACAUAUUCGCCCAUUCAAUGAAUGAAUUUAAUGAUAGACGUUUACAAAAAUGGAUUUUAAGCGAUAUAAAUAUGCAUCCAUACAUCGAAAAUCUUGAUGAUAUCUCAUUGAAAAAAGAAAUGUAUAUCUCUAUACUUGGAAGAAUGGAGGAUUAUAAUAUUAGUAUCAAGAAUUCAGAUUUCUGCAUAUCUACCAUAAUCGACACUCCACAGGCUAUAAAUAAUAAUGUUUCACAAGUCUGCAGAGAUGCCUAUUGCAAAUAUUUUCUCUUCAAUGGGCCCUCCGUAGCUUACCCACUCAGUCAUAGGGCCUUAAAUAUAAUGUUACGGCGUAAUUGCCGUCGUUGCCACUUGCAGUCUCCUAAAGAAGACGAUAUGAUGAUAGACCAGCUCUGUGCCUUUAUGUAUCGGGAAGCAGUGUAUAUCGCUAGACGGGGAUAUUUUGCACGAGACAUAUUUUUAGAACACGUGGCUCUCUGUGCAAUUAUGGGUUACAAAGAAUUCUUUCGCAUGCACUGGUUCUACAAAGCUGCCAGUUGGAUGAACAACGCGGGAUGUAUACAAGAGAAUCGUAAUUUUUUAUUAAACCAGACAAAACAAUACAAAGAUAUCGCUAACGACACUAAAACAAUUACAAUGUACACCAAACAUCUGCAACGAACACUCCUAAACGAAUGUCAUGAGCAUGAAAUGUCUGUUCUUAGUGUUUUUCUUGCUAAUGCUGUACGAUAUACGGCCGAGUUUAUGCAAAAUUAA